GAUAAACUUAACAGUAAGUACUUAAUCACUCAUAAACUGCAUUAAAAAUUUCAAUUCAUAACUUACAGAACUAAUAUCAUCACUUAAAACCUAUCAUCUUCCCCCAAACCUUUUCGUAUGAUCAAUUAAUUACUCGCUACAAGUAUUAAUACUCCACCAAAUCCACAAACCAAGUAUCUCUAACAACUCCCAACUCAAAAUGGCUUUCAAAAUCGUGUUUCUAAUUUGGGGUCUGAUAUUGGUAAUAUCAAGUGGAUCUGCAGCUAGAGAUGUUCCCAUGAUCAAAUCAGGUGAAGACUAUGAAAGGAGGCUUGUAGUUGAUGGAAGCAGUAGUUUAGUUGAUUGCUGGAAUGCGUUAAUAGAGAUAAAAUCGUGCUCAAAUGAGAUAAUUCUAUUUUUUCUAAAUGGAAAGACUGAUAUAGGACCUGAGUGCUGUCGUUCUAUUGGUAUUAUAACUCAUAACUGCUGGCCUGCUAUGCUUACUUCCCUUGGUUUCACUGCUGAAGAAGGGAAUGUACUGAGAGGCUACUGCGAUGCAUCUUCUUUUACAGCUCCUGCUCCUGCUCCUGCUUCUGCACCUGCAGCUGUUGCUUCUCUUCUUACUGGUUAACCUAAGAAAUAAUACUAGCCUUGCAGGCUAACUCCAUGGUUUUUUCCUUUUGGUUUGCUUAAGUUUGUGGGUUUUGUUUUGUUUGUUUUCAAAGUUUUAAUCUUUAUAUUUCUUUUCCGAGUGCUGAGUCUGUUAUGGUUUUCAAUGUUUAAUCUGGUUCACCUGAAAAUAAGAAUAAGCAAUUUUUUUUUUUGAGAA